ACGUAGUCCACCUCAACCACCUCAUCAUAGCGACCCGAAUCACCAUGUCCAAACGCAUCAUCAUAACAGGCGGCUCUGGCAAAGCCGGCCAAUUCAUCAUCGCCCAUCUCCUCCGCCAGAACCACACCAUCCUAAACCUCGACCUGCAUCCGCUGCCGGCCCCGCUCGCGGCCCGCGUGCACACCAUCCGCGUCGACCUCACCGACACCGGCCAAGUCCACAGCGCCUUCCACUCGCACUUCGCGUUGACCGAGCCCUUCCGCGAACCACUCCACCAAGCCCCUCAUGCAGUGAUCCACCUCGCCGGCUACGCGCGCAACAUGAUCGUCCCCGACAACGAGACGUACCGCGGAAACGUGCUGGCCUUCUACAACGUCCUCGAAGCCGCCUGUCACAUGGGUAUCCGCAAGGUCCUCCUGGCGUCGUCGAUCUGUGUCUACGGGGUCGCGUUUGCCGAGGGCGACGUCGACUACGCUUCCUUCCCGGUGGAUGAGUCCGUCCUCGCGCAGCCGAUGGAUGCGUACGCCAUCUCGAAGGUGUGUGGGGAGCAGACUGCUGCUGGGUUUGCGAGGCGGUUUCCCGGGACGGAUAUCUAUGUGUAUCGGUUUGGGGCGGUGGUGAGUCCGGAGGAGUUCCAGGAGAAGUUCACGGGGUAUGUGGAGCGGCCGGAGGAGUGGAAGGUGCAUGGUUGGGCGUAUACGGAUGCAAGGGAUCUGGGAGGGAUGGUGGAGAGGGGGUUAGUUGUAGAUGGGUUGGGGUUUCAGGUUUUCAAUGCGGUCAAUGAUGAGAUGACGAAUUUUGAGGAAUCGACGAAGGCCUUUCUGGCAAGGGUUUGUCCUGGGGUGCCGGUUACGAGGGAGUUGGUGGGCAGAGAGGCACCGGUAUCAAAUAGAAAGCUGAGGGAGGUGUUGGGAUUUGUGCAGCGAGUGCGGUGGCAGGAUGAGUAUCAGAAGUAGGAUCCUGAGUUUAUUGGACUGCUGGAAAAGUGGUUAGAUAUCUUUUGAUGACUGUCUGUAGAUAUGUAAUUAAAGAGUUAUCUUGAAGCAUCA